ACACACACACACACACACACACACACACACGACCGUCUCAGCUCGUCCCGACGGCUGCGCACUUCGCAAACGUAUCCUUCCUUCCCACCUGCGACCAUGGCAAUGUCAACAUAUACUUCAGACGAUUUGCAGGAAUUUUUUGGCAAUUAUUCCGAUUAUGGCUAUGGUGAUGAAAAUUUAUCUCUGAGUGACACAUGCUGUACGGGCAGAGUAUGCAUGACAGAAACAGCUGCAGGUUUUGAAGCCGUGUUCAUCCCGGUCCUCUACUCGCUGGCCUUGAUUGUGGGCCUGCUGGGGAAUGGACUGGUGUUGGCGGUUCUGUGUCAGCUACGCCGCUCCUGGAGCGUCACCGACACCUUCAUCCUGCACCUGCUGGUGGCCGACACCUUGCUCCUGCUCACUCUGCCCUUCUGGGCGGCAGAGGCUGCCCAGGGCUGGACCUUCGGUACCCCGCUCUGCAAGCUGAUGGGAGCCAUUUUCAAGGUCAACUUCUACUGUGGGAUCUUCCUGCUGGUCUGUAUUAGUCUGGAUCGAUACCUCUCCAUUGUCUACGCUGUUCAGAUGUACUCACGCCGCAAGUCCUGGCAGGUACAUGCCAGUUGCAUGGGCGUGUGGCUACUCGGUAUCCUGCUCUCCAUUCCUGACUGGAUCUUCCUUGAGGAGCUGAAGGAUGAACGAUCAAAGACAGUGAAGUGCACCCACAACUACCUGGCGUAUAAAACCAGCGUUAAAGACUGGCGAGAUGCUUCUCGCUGGCUCUACCACAUUGUGGGAUUCAUCAUCCCCUCCUUCAUCAUGGUCUUCUGUUACUCGUCCAUCCUUUUGCAGCUGUUCCACGGCUCACAGGGGUUUCAGAAGCAAAGGGCCAUGCGGGUGAUCGUGGUGCUGGUGUUGGCCUUCUUCAUCUGCUGGACGCCGUACAACAUCACCCUAAUCAUUGACACCCUACAUGCCAACAAAACACUUAACGAAACAUGUGAAGCCACCAUUGCGUUAGAAGUGUCACUGACAGCCACUUCCACUCUGGGUUACAUGCACUGCUGCCUGAAUCCCAUCCUGUAUGGCUUUGUCGGGGUCAAGUUCCGACGUCAACUGCUGCAGGUGCUGAAGGCUUUGGGUUGCAUGCUGAAGGGUCAAGUGCGGACGUCCACACGGAAGAGCUCCAUGUGGUCCGUGUCUGCAGACACCUCUUACACCUCGGGCUUCUGAGGGACGUGUAAUGACGCUGCACCAGAAUGAAACAAGUGAGAAAAAUGACUCCCGUGGACAGCAAGAGUUUGAUAGAUUCUCCUUGAACUUCUGUACCUGCAGUAGGGAAGAGCUUCACAAAUGGUUGAUCAGUUUGUUCUCAUGAUGCUUCUUGCUCUGCUAUGUUUUUUUGGGAGCUUUAGUACCGUUCAUUGCAGGCAGUUUUUCCUAACUCAGUCUGACUGUUUUAAAGUUAUUGCAUGGCAGUAAUAGAAGAGUAAAAAUCAAUGACAGGAAAAAGUAUCUUAGAGAUGGAAAAUAACAAAACAGGCAGCAAGCGUUGGAAGUCCUAACGGAUUGAGCGAGGUACAGGCACAGCCCAGUGCUUCAUGUAAACGCUGUGUGAUAUCUGUGUGUCUGUGUCGUGCUGUCGGUAGGCAGCAUCUCGCACUUCUUCUUCAAGAGGAAGGCGGAUCUAUGUCAGGAAAAGGAAAUGCAAACUGAAGUUCUUCAUUUGGAGGAAACCAGUACAUCUCACUUCCCUCUUCUUUCAUAUGUUACUCUGACAGACACAGGUGAAAGCACUUAUGAAAGUCAAAGCACUGAUGUGUAACACAUUCAGGUGCAAGAAAGCAAGACUAUGUGUUUUAUUUAUCUCUCUGUUUAAAAAGAAAUACAUUUAUUAACCUGCUACCAAGCAAAAAAAAAAAAAAAAAAACACAUGAAGCUUUAUGUAUUUUUUUUUCAUAUGUAAUUUGGCAGAAAUCCGGGCUCAGAACUUCACUUACUAUUGCUAACUACUUGUCCAAGUCAGGGUCAUGGUGAUCUGAAGCCUAUCCUGGAAUCAUCUUGUGCAAGUGGUGCUCCUGUAAUCUUUGGCACAGCUCCCCCAGCGACCCAAGUUGUGCUUAAGUGCCAUGACCACAAUCCACACAUUCUGCAAAUGUGGUGCAAUGUCCAUAAGCUUUUGUCCCUUCCUCCUAGCACAUCCAUUUAUGAGAUCCGUGAUUUCUGCACUGCGCAGUUUUCUGUGAAUUAUUUUAGAGAAUGUUUUUACAUUGUUUUUCCACAUUUCAUUAUUUAGUGUUCGUACA